AUGGAGGCACCCGAGUAUUUUCAGAACAGCUUCUGCCCACAAUUCGUGACCGAGAAGCGCCACUCCCUCGAUAGCACCAAGGCCAACAACAAUGGCGCCGGUGCAGGCGACAGUUUCAUGGUGGAGGACCUUCUCGACUUUUCUAAUGAUGACGCUGUCAUUACCGACGUUGCUGCGGCUGCUGUUUUUGAUAACGUCACCGGAAACUCCACGGACUCUUCCACCCUCACCGUCAUCGACAGCAGCUCCAAUUCUUCCUCUUUAUCCGGUUGCGAACCCGCCAAUUUCGCCGUUGACUUAGGAGGCCGGAGUUUACACGAAGUCCCCUUCUCCAGUGACCUCUGCGUUCCGUACGACGAUUUAGCUGAGCUCGAAUGGCAGCUCUCGAGUUUCUCGGAGGAGUCGUUUUCCAGCGAGGACCUCCAGAAGCUGCAGCUGAUAUCCGGAAUGAAAGCCCGACCCGACGAGGCCGCCUCCGAGACCCGCCACUUCCAACCCGACCCAAACAACAACCAAAGCAACAGCAACCACAACAACCCUAUAUUCAACUCCGACAUUUCAGUACCCGCCAAGGCCCGGAGCAAACGGUCCCGAGCCGCCCCGGGAAACUGGACUUCCCGCCUCCUCCUUCUCUCACCUACAGAAUCCUCCCCGGAGUCGUCCGACGUCGUCGUUUCCGAACAGCCGCUGCCGCCGUCCAGUGUCGGCAAGAAGACACUAAAGGCCGCGCCCAAGAAGAAGGAGAAUCCGGAAGGCGGCGCCGCCGCGCCCGGGGACGGCAGGAAGUGUCUGCAUUGUGCUACGGAUAAGACUCCGCAGUGGCGUACCGGGCCUAUGGGCCCGAAAACGCUGUGUAACGCCUGCGGAGUCAGGUAUAAGUCGGGCCGGCUCGUGCCUGAAUAUAGGCCCGCAGCCAGCCCGACUUUUGUGCUGACAAAACACUCGAACUCGCACCGGAAGGUGCUGGAGCUGCGGCGGCAGAAAGAGAUGGUGAGAGCUCAGCAGCAGUAUAUACAUCACCAGCCACCGCCGCACCACCAUCAUCACCACCACCACCACCAUAAUCCCAACAUGAUUUUCGACGUUAACGGCGGCGAUUACUUGAUUCACCAACACGUGGGGCCGGAUUUCAGGCAGCUGAUCUAG